CUCGAUAUUCCCACGCCCAAGUGCGUCAUGCACUCGAGCGUAUUUAACCACGGCUGCAUUGCGCAACUGGCUAGUCAGCGGAUCCUCUCUCGUCUGCGAUGACGCGAAUCCCAGCCAUGCUCUCCUCCGUUCUGCUCUUCGCCCUCGCCACCAGCGCCACUCCGACGGUCACGCUCGGCAAAACAUCCGUGGUGGGGCGCAGUAUACCGACGUUCGGCCAGGAGUUCUUCGGAGGCAUUCCGUACGCCGAACCGCCGCUUGGCGAUCUCCGGUUCCGGCCUCCGGUUCUGACUACGUCGCUGAAUGGAACGACACUCGAUGCCACACAGUACGGCGCAGCCUGCAUCCAGCCCCCGGGCGGGAAUACCCCCGGCAGUGUGCCCAGCAACUUCCCGCUGUCCGAAGACUGUCUGACGAUCAACAUUCUCCGUCCUGCCGGUGUCAACUCCACCUCGAAUCUCCCUGUGAUGUUCUGGACAUACGGCGGAGGAUUCCUCGACGGUGCCUCCGUGAUCUACAACGGCAGCGCCAUCGUCGGGCAGAGCGUCCUUCGAGGCACUCCCGUCAUCUUCGUCAACUUCAACUACCGACUCGGCCCGCUCGGCUUUCCCCAAGGCCAGGAGGCGACGGAUCAGGGAGCGUUGAACCUCGGAAUCAAGGACCAGAUCGCUGCGCUCGAGUGGGUGCAGAAAAACAUCGGCAAGUUCGGCGGUGACAAGCGCAAAGUCCUCGCGUUCGGAGAGAGCGCCGGGAGUAUCCUCACGUCGAUCCUGUUCUUGAACAAUCGGGUUGACAAAUUGGCGCGUGCCGCGGCAAGGAGAUAUGAACCACCUCAAAAGAUUUUUGAAUCCGGAUCGCAGGCGACAGCGGCGAUCUUCCCCGCGACGCGCCGGGAGAAUGUCUGGACCAACUUUGUUUCGGGUGUGCCCUCCUGUGCCUCCCUCGCAGGCACACAUUCGACGUUCUCCUGCCUGCGGAACGCCACCACCCAGGAGCUCACCAGUGGCCUGCUGACUUCCCUGGCAGAGUCUGGUGAAGAGUUCCCGUUCGACCCUGUGAUCGACGGGCCUGGGGGCCUGAUCCCCGAUCUGCCGUCGCGUCUGCUGGCGCAGGGCAAGUUCUCGCGGAUUCCUUUCAUUGCUGGGACCAACCUCGACGAGGGAACUCUGUUUACCUCGCAAACGCUUAACUCUACUGCCGCGGUCAACGCAUCAUUGAUCCCGGGACGCUUGCCGUCGGUCUCGCCUGCCGUGCUCCAAAGUUCGGUGACGGAACUGCUCAAACUCUAUCCUGAUGUUCCUGCCCUCGGAUCACCAUUCGGGACGGGAAACAACACCUUCGGUCUGAGCAGCCAAUUUAAGCGCGCUGCAGCUAUCGAUGGAGAUCUGGAUUUCCACUCCCAACGGCGAUUAUGGAUCGAAGCGGCAGCUAACGCCGGUGUGAAGACUUUCGGAUACCUGUUCACCCAGCCGCAGCCCGACGGCCUGCCUCAGCUCGGCGUCUCGCACGGAUCCGAGGUGUUCUACGUGUUCGGCGCGCCGGCGGACACGUCGGCCUCGUCGGUCGCGAUCAGCCGCAUCAUGAUCGACUACUGGGUCUCCUUUGCGACGAGUCUGACCCCGAACGACGGGCUCGGGAUCCCGCGUGCGGAGUGGACGCAGUUCACGCCCGCAUCGAAAUCGCUCAUUCAGCUGAACGGGGCGAAUCUGACGAUGAUUCCUGAUACCUACCGCGAGGAGCAAAUUUCCUUUAUCAACUCCAACCCGGUGAUAUGGCAUCACUGAGCUGUUUUAUGUCGUGUUCAACUGUAGUCAAGUCAAUGCAUAUACAUCACUCUUGUGUUUUAGUGAAGCUCGAGGCACUCGAACCUGCACCGACUCGUUGUUCGGUCUAAAUUGAAAUGCCGUUUCAUUCCA